UCCUAAUGCACUGUAUGUACGCUUGUUGAAUACAGUGACAUUCAGUGAUAGGAUUGAGCAUCAUUCAAGAGCCCACAUUGCUAUGCAAAUAGAAUUGUACAACAUGAUACAGCUGCAACACAGCAUGAUGCAAUAGGCCUAAGCCAUUUUAAUGAGAUGGCAGGGAUGGUUUUCCUUAUGUUCUGGCAGUAACGUUGCACUGGUGCUUUACAGCGAUGUUGUACUCUGUUAGGUGUUGAAAGAGGCGGUGUCUGUGCGUUUCCGCAGCAUCUCUUACCUGCACACCCGUGGACCUGGCCUUGCAGGCCACCUGUCUGCCCUGCAGCACAGCAUCAUGGGAGACUUGGCUGAGUGGAGUUUGUAUUGUGUAGUAGAAAAGUGUCUGUGUGGAGUCUGUAUUGUGCAGUAGAAAAUUGUAUGUGUGGAGUUUGUAUUGUGUAGUAGAAAAGUGUCUGAGUGGAGUUUGUAUUGUGUAGUAGAAACGUGUUUCUGAGUGGAGUUUGUAUUGUGUAGUAGAAACGUGUUUCUGAGUGGAUGCACAAGGCCCUGGAGGUGGAGCUGACAGACUGGCAGAGAGACCAGGAACCAGACACUGACCAUGAGGGCUUUUACCGCACCAGCCUGCCAACCAUCAUCACACAGAUGCUGAAGAAGAAUGCACGGGUGCCUCUGAUAAUCUGUGAAUCAUUUCGGAAUCAGACCAUACAGAUGGGGCUCUAUGAGAUGGAGAACCUCCUCAAUAGGUUCCGGGAGGCUCGUGUGGAAUUUGGGAUGGAGCGUCGCUGUAUAGUUGUGUUCGCCCACCCUGCCGCGUUUGCAGGAGGAGUGCCAUUGGCUGACGGUGGUGGAGUAUGUGAGGGUGUGGAUGCAGAAUAGGCUGGUGUGUUGGAAUGCAGAGGAGUGACGCCAGCUGGCCCAUAGAAUGGCACUGGAUGCCCAGUAUCUGAGGGAUCUCUUCCAGAGCCUGGUUGUGAGGAUACACUUGAGUUUAGCCACAGCCAGUGACACCCAGUCCAGUGGGAAACUCGGCCGAGCUCUGCUCUCUUCUCUAUCCCACAGACUACACAUCCAACCCACAGCCGGUCCACACCAUACCCAACAUACACCCCAAACCACACCCUCCUUCGUUUUAAUUCACAGCACCAUUUUAUGUACAGUGUUCAAUUUUUCAUGCUUGCACUGUGUCUGUAUCUGGCUGUGUUUGUGUGUCUGUCUGUUGUUGUUAAGGAGGUGGAGGUGGCUUUUAGUGAGGAGCAUGUGUCAGUGUUGCUGGAUGUCAGGAGACGUGCAGGGGACAGUUCUGUACCUGCUGGAGCAGACCGCUCCUUCCAGCUGGUUACCGACCCAUCUUCUCUGACACCCUGGUGCCUACUCCUAGCAUGCCAUUCUGUCUGCCUACUGCCAAGUGUGCCUUACUAGCAAUUUGCACCCUUUAAAUCCACUAAUCACACACACA